AUGGCAAUGUAUGUUGUGAAGAGAAGUGGGAAGAAGCAGGAGGUGAAGUUUGACAACAUCACCAAGCGCAUCCAGAACCUCUGCGAGGGCUUGGACUUGCAAUUCAUCGAUCCCGUGUUGAUCACACAGAAGGUGGUGGAGGGCUUCUACAAUGGCAUCUCAACUGCAGAGGUUGACACCUUGGCCGCAGAGACUUGCGCCUACAUGUCUGGAAAGCAUCCGGAUUUUUCAACCCUGGCUGCACGGAUCGCCGUGUCCAACCUCCACAAGAACACCUCGGAGUCCUUCGUCGAAACCUGCAGGGCCUUGCUGUUGUACAGAGAUCCCCAGGGCCGCUCUGCCGCGCUGCUGGCCGAGGACGUUUGGAAGUUUGUGGAGGCCAAUGGGGACCAGUUGGAUGCUGCCAUCGACUACAGUCGUGAUUUGGGGUAUGACUAUUUUGGUUUCAAAACCUUAGAGAGAUCCUACCUUCUGAGAAUCAACGACCAAAUCGUGGAGCGACCUCAGCAUAUGAUCAUGCGCGCUGCAUGUGGAAUCCAUUGCGGAGAUGUAGAGGCCACCAUAGAAAGUUAUGAUUUGAUGUCUCGGAAGUUCUUCACCCACGCGACGCCGACCUUGUUCAAUUCUGGCACUCCUAAACCUCAGAUGUCAUCGUGCUUCCUUUUAACUAUGAAGGAAGAUAGCAUCGAGGGCAUCUACGAUACCUUGAAACACUGCGCGGUGAUCUCUAAGUUCGCGGGGGGCAUCGGGGUGGCCAUCUCCAAUGUGCGCGCCAGCGGCUCCUACGUGCGGGGGACGAAUGGCAAGAGUAACGGCUUGAUCCCUAUGCUGAGGAACUUUAAUGAGACUGCCAGAUAUGUCGAUCAAGGUGGUGGGAAGCGCAAGGGUGCUUUCGCCAUGUACCUAGAGCCGUGGCACGCGGACGUUUAUGACUUCCUGGAGCUUCGUAAGAACCACGGGAAGGAGGAGCAACGUGCCAGGCGGAACAGCGGAACGGCGGAACGGGACCUGUUUUUUGGGCUCUGGGUGCCCGACCUUUUCAUGAAGCGUGCCUUGGAGACGAGUGUGAAGCAAAACGAAGACUGGACAUUGUUUUGUCCAAAUGAAGCGUUUGACCCCGAGACUGGCAAGGGCCUGAUGGAUGUUUGGGGCGAAGAGUUUGAAGCUUUGUACAGUCGCCUGGAACAGGAAGGCAAGGGUCGAAAGACCGUCAAAGCACAGCACCUGUGGUUUCGGAUUCUAGAGGCGCAGAUGGAGACGGGGACGCCUUACAUGCUGUACAAGGACCAUGCCAAUCGCAAGUCCAAUCAGCAGAACUUGGGGACCAUCCACUGCUCCAACCUCUGCAGUGAGAUCAUCGAGUACACGUCACCGGAUGAAGUGGCGGUCUGCAAUUUGGCAUCGCUUGCCUUACCGGCCUUUGCCAGUGCAGAUGGAAAGGACUUUGACUUUCAGAAGCUCUAUGCCGUCACCAAAGUUGUGACCCGAAAUCUCAACAAGGUCAUUGAUCGGAACUACUACCCCUUGGAGGAGGCAAAAAGGUCCAACCUGCGGCACAGACCCAUUGGUUUAGGCGUGCAAGGCUUGGCUGAUGUCUUCCUCAUGAUGAAGCUGCCCUUCGAGAGUCCUCAAGCUCGUCAGCUCAACGAGGACAUUUUCGAGACCAUCUACUUUGCUGCAUGUGAAGCCUCAUGUGAACUGGCAGAAGUGGAAGGUUCGUAUGAAACCUAUCCAGGCAGCCCCGCCAGCAAAGGGCUCCUGCAGUUCGACCUCUGGGGCGCGGAGCCGAGCGGUCGAUGGAAGUGGCCGGAGCUCAAAGCGAAGAUUGCGGAGAAGGGCCUCAGGAAUUCCUUGUUGGUCGCUCCAAUGCCUACCGCCUCCACGGCACAGAUCUUGGGAAACAACGAGUCCUUUGAGCCCUACACGCAGAAUCUCUAUGUUCGCAGGGUGCUCUCUGGGGAGUUUGUGCAGGUGAAUCGUCAUCUCCUCAAGGACCUCAUCUCCCGUGGUCUUUACAACGAGGACUUGCGCAUGCAGCUGAUUGCAGAGAACGGCAGCGUUCAGCGCCUGGAUCUGCCGGAGGAUCUCAAGGAUCUCUACAAAACCGUUUGGGAGAUCAAACAACGCGUGGUUUUGGACAUGGCCGCAGACCGUGGGAAGUACAUCGAUCAGUCACAGUCCUUGCCGUUUGACUGCAGGAAUAUCCACAUGGUCGAUGCCAGCACUGCCAAAUUGACCUCGAUGCACUUUCACGGCUGGGAGAAGGGCUUGAAGACUGGCAUGUACCUUGAAGGCUUCCACCUGCCAUAUGUGGAGUUUCCACCGCCUGUGUCGCAAGCCAUCGGAUGGUUAGAACCACAGAGGCUGAAACAUGCGCGCUUCGACCAUGGCAAGAACCAUCAGGACUGGGGCACCGGUGCCCAGGGUCAACGCCUUGGCGGCGCCGAUGUGGCGCCCAACGGCACCGACGCGCGCAGCGCGGCGCUGGCGGCCGCGGAGCGACGGCAGGCGCCACAGGGGGUGGCGCCAGAGAGAGCCAAGGAGAUGACGGAGCAGAGACAGAGAGAAGAAUUGUUGGGGCGUCUCAUUGAACAGUACCAGAGACGAGGUGAAGAGAUGCCCAUGGGUCUCAAGCUGGCCGCGGUGGAGCAGCUCAAACGACAUUUGGAGCCAAGACUCCCAUGGGCUAGCCUUUGCACAGUGGAGAACAGCUCCAGUGGACCCAUCGCCGGUGGUUUACAGCACUGGAUGGGUCCGUUGUUGGGUCGAUUGCGAAUGUAUUAUCUCCGGACCAAGGCUGCAGCAGAUGCCAUCAAGUUCACGGUAGAGGCCGUGAAACAGAAGGUGAAUUCCGACUCAGAAGAGACGGUGGCACCCCAGGUCCUGGAGAAUUUGGAGACUGCCGCGAUCCAAGCCUUGAACGGAGAGAAGCCCAAAUACUCCUGCGAAGCAUUCGGAACCAUUGACCCGCAGCGGGACCAGCAGCCGGUGCGGGCCAAAGUGUUUUUUUUGUCGUGGAACGAGGCAGGGUGCAGGGUGGAUAGCAAGGCUGGAUUUGGGUCUGGAUUCUGUUUGGACAAAAGGAUGGUGGAUCUGCUGCCUGCAGGGGUCAUCAGCCAUGGCCUUUAUGGUGGUGCCAAGUGGGUCCAGAACCAACCCACAGGGCAAAGCAAUUCCUGGGGCGUUUUGCGACCGGGCGCGCCAUUGAAUUUCACCUACCAGCCAGCUAUGGUGGGAGCAGGAUACAUCGCCUGCGAAGGCAAACGUGUCUGUGGUGCAACGAUGACUUCAGAUGGCUUUGGUCGUUGGUCUGUGCCAUCAGCGCGGGAUCUGGCGGAUGUUUUCAACAUGAUCAUUGCGAGCAACCACAGUUAUUGUCAAUACUUCGACAUGACCGUGGACCGCAUCUUUGAGCGUGUCAACGUCCUCGGCGCCGAAGUGCAUCGUUUAAACCUGGCCCUCAGCCGCAGUGCUGGAGCUGCCGAGACGGUGCGGCCAUCGGCGCGGGAGAACUUGCCGGUGCAGGGGCAGAUUGUGGAGGAAGCAAGGCAGCCUGGCGGGUGGCAACCUUUGCCGCCAUCAGCCGCGCUUCGCGAACACAGCGGACCGUGCAUGGCAACCGGAGGCGCCUGGGAAGCAAUGAAGUUCGCGCCGGGUCAACCCGUUCCAAAGCCCCCUCUUCAAAGACCGCAGACGGCAACCAGACCUGUCUCGAUGGCGGAUCGACGCGCUGCGGUUCCUGCCCCCGCUGCUCUCGGUGCUCCUGCUGCGGCUCCUAUGGGUCCUGCGGGUCCUGCGGGUCCUGCGGGUCCUGCGGGUCCUGCGGGUCCUGCGGCCAGUCCUUUCGGGCCUCCAGGGGCGCAACCAACACAGCCAGACCUGGCCAACGCCGCGACCCUAGCGGCGGAGCUGGACCUCUGCGCCGCGCGGCAGCCCUGGGUGGCCGGACGCCGCAAUCUGCCUGCUGGAGGCCGUUAAUGAUCGGAUCGCGAGCGAGCUGAAAACUUGAGAGAUGUGACCCGUGGAAACGCGUGGCUGGGUUUGUCCAGAAAAAG